GUCUCCACCGAACCGCACCACACCUCCGAGCAGCGUCGCACUCGCAUCGAACCCUCCGCCGCCGCCGCCGCCGCCUCCUUCCGCCGCACCAGCGGAGUAAAUCCCUUCAUUGAUCAAAAUGUCGCGGGAGGAGAAUGUCUACAUGGCCAAGCUGGCAGAGCAGGCCGAAAGGUAUGAGGAGAUGGUUGAGUACAUGGAGAAGGUGGCAAAGACUGUAGAUGUGGAAGAGCUCACUGUUGAGGAGCGCAACCUCUUGUCUGUUGCCUAUAAGAAUGUGAUUGGUGCCCGCCGUGCCUCCUGGCGCAUUGUGUCAUCCAUUGAACAGAAGGAGGAGGGUCGUGGCAAUGAGGAGCAUGUUACUCUUAUCAAGGAGUACCGUGGAAAGAUUGAAGCUGAGCUGAGCAAGAUUUGCGAUGGCAUUCUGAAGUUGCUUGACUCCCACCUUGUGCCCUCAUCUACAGCUGCGGAGUCAAAGGUGUUUUACCUUAAAAUGAAGGGUGAUUACCACAGGUACCUUGCUGAAUUUAAGACUGGUGCUGAGAGAAAGGAAGCUGCUGAGAGCACAAUGGUGGCUUACAAGGCUGCCCAGGAUAUUGCUCUGGCGGAACUUGCUCCCACCCAUCCCAUAAGGCUUGGACUGGCACUUAACUUCUCUGUGUUCUACUACGAGAUUCUCAACUCUCCAGACAAAGCUUGCAACCUUGCUAAGCAGGCGUUUGACGAAGCUAUCUCUGAGUUGGACACCCUCGGGGAGGAGUCUUACAAGGACAGCACCCUGAUCAUGCAGCUCCUGAGGGACAACUUGACCCUCUGGACCUCUGACCUCACGGAGGAUGGUGCUGAUGAGGUGAAAGAAGCCUCCAAGGGCGAUGCUGGUGAGGGCCAGUAAACGGGAAGAUCAAUCGAUGGCUCCGCAUGUUAUUGGAGCCCAUUGAUUUAGAUGCCUCAUGCUGCCAUCAACAUGAUGAUGGAUGGAUGGAUUCUUCUUGUGUUCUACUAGAUGUUUUUCUUCCUAUUUCCUCCCCUUCUCUCUUCUCAUUUGCUUUACUGGGUGCUGGUAGUGGUCGAAUUAGUUCCCAUUGCUUUGCAUUUGCUGCUAGUGGUCCGUGUGGGCAGAUUGUUCUCCUCUGGAUAUGACUCUCGUGUGUGUUGUCUCCAGAUAGUGUUUUAUUGAGCAAUAUUUAAGUUGUUGUCCACCUCGAUUUAUUCU